AUGUCUGAUGAUGCUGGACAAGUCUACGCUCCACCUGACCGCAUUGCCGCUCGCUUCUACCGCGACCCCAAACCUCGUCACUUCAAGUCGUCAGCCGCCUCGUCCCGUCGCAACUCGUUGUCCUCGAUCCAAUCGCAUACCUCGACUCGUUCGUUACGCCGCACUUCGUCAUGCCAGAGCAACUACAUCGCACAACAUUUGCGCAGAGCAUCCAUCAUUGAGGCUCGCAAAGCACGCCUUGCCGACCGCGCCGCUCAUGCCGAAAAGGUCCGUCUACGAGCCGCCAUGGCCAAGGCAGCUCCCAGGGGCGACGCCAGUGCGAGCGAAGGGCGAGCACUAGCUGCUCAGCUGGCUCGUGAGAAGAAGCUAGCAAAGGUCGCUGCUGCAUGUGCAGAAGAGGUCCAGAGAGCAAAACAGAAGGCUCAGGAAAUCAAGACCAAGAAACUCGAGGAAGAGAAGCAGGCUCGCUUGGACAUGGAAGAGAAAAUGGCCGAUGCCGAUAGGAGAAGGGCAGAGUACAAACGCAACAUGACCUCUCGCAAAUCCCGUAGGGCCAGCGAGCAAGAAAAGAAGCUGGCAGACGUAUCUGAAGGCGAUGACGACACAAGUCCAGCGCUGAAUCAAGAGGAGAUGGCUGCAAGGAGGAUACAACGGGCAUGGCGUGUGCGCCAGCGAAGGUUGAUUGUGAGGGCUUAUACCGACUUUCAUCUCAGUCUGGAAGGCAUCCGGCAUCAUUCGUUCGAGCACGUUGGCUCUUUGCUUUCCGGCAUGCCCAUCAUCCAGGCCACCACAAAAGUCCUUCGUCUCCUCAACCUGCAAGACAAAGAAGAUUCGCCAUCCCCGCAAGCUACCCGCACAUUCCUUAGUGCCUAUCUAGUCAUCCUCCAUCCUGCCUCUGUCUUGAGCAAAAAUGGCGCCCAAGAGCAGCAUCUCAACCUCAAGGCCCGUGACUUGAUCACCUUAUUCGAGUCCGUCAUGUCUACGCUUUCUCUAUCAAAUCGCUUUCAAGCUCCUGUCGCCAUGCUUCAAGAUUUGUCGCAGGCUUACACAACUUAUGUGUCUGCUUUUGAUGCCUGGAGAGCUCAAGACUCUUCCGCCCUGGUCGAGACUAUGAUCGCUUCGUUCGUCGAGUUGGACGCCAUUUGGCAGACGGUCAAAGACGACACUCGAGGUGCAGUUGCUGAGGAUUACCGCCAAGGUAUUCGUGACAACCAGGUCAUGUUCCUCAGCAAGAUCAGAAAGUUGGCUGGUCCUGAACGUGCCGAUCUCCUCAUCAAGAAAGCUAUUAGAGAGAGCCGGAGAAGGCGCGUCAAGAGGAGGUCUGCCGCUGAGGUCCGUCCUCGUGCGGCCGCCGAUAUCGAAGAUGCCGAACCUGAUUCCUCGGAGACUCUCCCUAUAGUUGCUCCACCUCUACCGCAGAACUCCGUUCAGACUGGAACUGCUUCUCAAGACGAUGUUCGUUCGAAUCUUGCCCGCUUGUUCUCGCCGAUUCCAAGCAAUCGCAUCUUGACACACGAACUCGCUAUCGACAAAGACUUCCGCAUCUCCUCGGGGGCUCAUUCUGGUAUUCGCGACGCUAUCAAUCGUGAGCUUUGUAAUGGCAUGCGCGAAGGUGUUGAGCGCGGCAUGGGCACUCCAUGGACCGUAGCUAUGGCCCAGGAGAUCAGGGCCAAGCUCGUCCAUAUUGUGAAGCCAGGUAACUCCAUGCACAACUUCAUCAUUGAAGCCCUGGAUACCGAUUUGAUUUAUCGCCAAUGCGAGCAAGGCAUCUUCUCAUAUGCCAACUUUUUCUCCUUUAUGGCUAACAUCCUGCCCAAAUUGUGUGCACCAUUCCGUGAUGCGCAGAUAAAGACUUUGGCAGAUGAUCUUGUAUCCAAUAACGAUGAGGACAUGGGUACCAUGAUCGAAAAGCUCUUCCGCCUUUUGCACUUCAUCGACCUGCUGUCACUCGAUUACUCCAACUUCCUCUUGAUGAAUGCAGCUCCGGUCCUUAUUCGAGAGUCGGCCGGAUACGAGUCGCGUAUGUUCGCAGCGGAUCUGGCUUCAGGGGCAAUCACAUUAGCUUGCACAGAUCGCUGGUGGCGCAACGCAAGUGUGAAUCUGCUGACUGAAGCUGAUCGCCGGGACCCAGAGCAGGUUCGUAACCCUGCAGACAGACCUACCGCUCAUCAUGUUUACACCCGCGGGCUGGUCGAUAUCGCCUUUGGACAGGGUCCGCUUAACAUGACCGACGUACCCGAAACUCUUGCCCUCGAUGUAGAGCGACUGUGUGCUAUUCGACAGAAGGCUCUACACAUGACCACGAUUGGUUCCGUUCUGUUAGUAGCCAAGAACAUGCUCAAGCGAGAUGUACGCAGCCCCUGGAAAGCCGAAGCGUCUCGUCUCUGGGAUCUCCUCAGCAAAGAGCCGCCCUCCGAGAAUACUUCUGAGGAUGCUCUUGCAAGCCUCUCCUCUCGCGCUUUUGGCGUGCUCGAGAGCGCACACAACUUGCCGCCAUCAACCAAAUCUGCAUUGCAAUCUGCCGCCUCCCGUGUCAUCACGCAAGCCUCCUCCCAACGUUUCACAGACCCCGUGGCCAAAGUUUUGUAUUCUAGGCUACGUAGUCAUGUCCUCUCACGCGUCGUCGCUAGAACUUCUAGCGAGAGGGUGCGAACAGCCAGUGGUGCUUCAGAGGCAUUAGCAACGGCCGGACUGCCAGAGUUUGUGACCCAAGUUGGUGAGAUGGUCGAGACACUGAGGAAAGUGGCCGAAGUCGACUGGGCAUCUCACAGUGUCUGGUAUGAGCAAGUGGCCAGAGAAGUUAGUGAAGCCGGCGAUGCAUGA